GCAUAACCUAUUUUCCCAUUGAGCGACCUGGACUAGUCUUGUAACAAAGUUACUAGUACGAAUACUAGCAGUAUCCGCGUCCGUUUGUUUCUAGUAUCAUGGAGAUAUGUUGUCUAGGACGUUCAUAACAGCCGCAGCACAUGCAUCAACCCUCCACGUCCACCCUUCCACGUCCAUCAUAUCCCUAACCUCCCCCUUCACCCGCAGCUCCCUACGCACCCUCCAAAGCGCCAUUAUCGCGCAUGCAACAACGUCCAAGACUCCAGUGAUUUCAGGAGAAGUUAACGCAGCAGUCCUUGUUCCGCUGUGUAACGUCGAUGGCGUACCCGGUGUGCUACUGGAACUGCGAGGCGGUAAACUGAGGUCCCAUGCUGGCGAAGUUAGCUUCCCUGGUGGAAGGGUCGACCCAGCAGACGCAUCGUUUCUAGCUGCUGCGCUUAGAGAAACACGAGAAGAAGUAGGUCUAGAUGAUGGGCAGAUCGACAUUCUUGGCCAAUUUGGCCCGCCUGAGCAAAGUCUCAUGGGUCUCAGAGUUUGGCCUUACGUCGGCUUCGUAUACCCACGUGGCAGUUAUGGAACAGAUACCGGAUCCCUAGAUGAUCCCUUGCCCUCCAUCUCGCUUUCCUCACUCACAAUAUCUCAGGCCGAGGUGGCGACCGUCUUCCAUCUUCCCCUCUCCGCAUUUACAUCCCCUGCGCGUAUCAGGCCCGACAUGUUCCGCGCCGCCAGCCCAUAUUGGGCAAUUGAUGUCUCUGACCUUGUGCAGGGGUUCGAGGGGGUAAACAAUUCAUUGGGACAUCCGGAAGUGGGUAACGGGAAGGAGGGACGUUUAGAAGUUUGGGGGUUGACAGGUUGGUACAUGUCAUCGCUUAUGAGAAUUUUAAAGGUAUACACUUGAGUAAGUAGUGAUGUAUGUGGAGGUCCGUGAGACCAUCCUCGAGAAACUGAGCACACAAGCUCGUUCAGGAGCACUGUUCGAUGAUCUACCUCAAGCUGAACUUUCGUUUUACAUCCAACCUGUGGUGUACGGCGAUUGCCUUGCUUAUGUACAUGCAAGCAAAGAGACACCUGUGUCGUCCUGUAUAUGAAGCACAAUCACCACUUUGUGUACUUCCCCACGCCUUGAAAUCCUUCAUGUAGUGGAAUGACACGACGGGACACGCGGUGACGACAUCUUUCGUAUUGGUGCCGGCAGAACCCCCAAGGUUGACGGACAGGCUACGAGGUUUGAA